AUGGAUGUGGGAGUGAGGCACGCCUCAACCUCGGCUUCCUCGAUUCUGAAGCCCUGCGUGGAGAUUGAAGGGAGCGGCGAGAGGCCGCGGGAGCUGCAGGCGCCGAGGAGAGUGAAGAAGCGGACGCUGGUAGAGGUGUUGGAACAGUGCCGGGCGGCUCUGGAAUUGCUCAAGGACUCGGAAUUGGAUGAAGGCAGGGAAGCUGCCGAUGGCCUUGCGGACAAGGACGAUGAGGAUGAUCCGUCUCAAGGUUCCUCAUCUUCUACUGGUGAUUCAGAGUCGGAUGAGGUAAAUAAUAUUAUCGUUGUUUCGUAUUUCCGACGGGGUGUGGGAUGGCGUUUGAGUGCAGUGGUUGUAGAAAGCUAAUUUCUGCGCUUGAUUCCUAACUUCUGGUGCAUCUUAUGAUGUGCGGAGCUGUAUAAAACGAGGCGUCUGCAUGUGUUCGUAGCCCUGCUAUAUUUUUGUUUUUUCCCCUGGUUUGUUUGUCAGUUGGGUUUACCUGGGCAAUGCUUUGUCUUAUACUGGGAUUUCAUCUUUUAAGAAUUUUUCGAUGGAGACUUUUGCAUGACUUUUUUUCGAAUUCACGUAGGUACAUGUAGAUUGCUUUUUCUCACUGGGCUUGUUCAUUCAGGUGAUUUCAUUCGAUCAUAGGCCACAGGUAAUUGACAUGAAAUAAAAGUUUCGUGAUAACUGAGGUUCUGCCAGUAAACCGCUUGGGCAUGACAUCAGUUAUCAUGAAUCGGAUAUAGUGUGGAUUUACUUCCAGAAAAGCCAAUUCUAUCUUAAAUUGAAAGGUGUCUUCCUUGUUUGAUUGGCAUCAGAGGUCCCUGAAGACAGGCAAAAGGGCUUCCUUGACCUGUCAUGUUUUCCAAAGUAAAUUCCAGGCCACAAGAAUAAUAAGGUCUGAUAAGUAAAUUUUUGAGAUUUGAGGAAGCAAACAAGCGUACAUUAUGCCAAAAAAAUGGCCGAAUCAGAGGAAAGUAAGUGAUAAAAGUAAAGCCUCAAUAAAAGAAGAAGAAGAAGAAAAGAAAAAGGUUGUAGGAAUAGGUACUCAAAGAUAAGAGCAAGUGCAAACCAAAAUAGCCAAAAGGCAUCCUGAUUGCUGGUGGAGUGUAAAUUUUGCUGAGCCAAUUGACAAGUUCAUCACUUAGGAGGAAGCUUGAUGACUCUAACUUGAGUAUAGUUCCAUUCCUAAGCUAAAGUGAAGAAUGUGAAGAAACACUAACCAUUGCACUUCCUUAUUAUGCGAGGUUUUUCGGUAUUGUCCUCAAAUAAUAUCAAGAUAUAUCUUCAACUUUCAGAUAUUUUCCAUUCUUGGAAGGAGCUGUUUGAGACUCAUGUCCAUUGAUAUGUAUGGUGGACACUAGCAGAAUGUAAUACAUUCCUCGCGUAAGAGAAUUCAACAUUCUUUACCAUCAACGUAACGAAGGAUAAAUUACAGUGAAAAAGUUUAUUCUAUAUCAUUCUAUUGCAGCCUAAAACUGUUUGAUCGAAAAGAUCAAUUUCAAAGCGAGUUGUGAUAAGGUUGGUUGCGAUUAUAUUGAAUUAACGCUUAUUCAGUGUUAAUUACUUUUCCACAGACUAGAAAUUGAUUGUGUAGUAUUUUAAGGUCCUUGAGGAUACUCAGGGAAAUCUCACCUACAUUAGAUAGAAUUCAGCCAUGGUUGCUAGAAUUAAAUUUUGUGCCAGGCCCACAGUAAUCAGGGAUACGGCCAGGUAAACUGGAGUGGAUCAUCUGGUACUCGCACAGUGAGCAUUGAAUCAACCAAUAGCAGACACUUCAUUCAUCAUUAUUUGAUUCCAUAAAAUCAACCACUUAAUCUCCUAACUGAGCUUGUGAUAUAGUUACAGAUAGUUAUAACUAAGCUUGAUCUUAUACUGGAGAUGUGCUCUAUCUCACCCAUGAAUCGGACCGGGCAGUGCUGAUUUCAAUCUGAAUCAGCACGUUUAAUAUAGAAUUUGCAGAUUCAUCUUAUUUCGUAGUGUUUCAGUAAAGAAUCUUUUUUCCACAGCCAAUUGGCACAAAACUUCUUUACGUUGAGGCCCUUGCAUGGGACCUUUUAAACAUUAAGGUGUAACUUCUUUACGUCAUAAAAUGGCUGUUAAAAUUAAAAUUGUAUUGUAUUUGAUUUAGGUUUAUUUUGAAGUUUCUUUGGUAUGUGUCUUUGUCCGAAACCUCUCUGAAUGUGCAAUUUUUCUUCCUGCAGCUACAUCAGCUUCUCAAAUCUAGAGUUGAAUCACCAAAUUUUCUUGAGAAACUUGGAAGCAUCCAUGUGUCUCUAUCACAGAAUAUUUCUGGUACGAAUGAUGCCUUUGAUCAGUCUUACGUACUUAUUAAUCCAAGUACUUCCACCUCUACUAGGAUGUGGUUUUGUAUCCAUACAUUAAACGAAUUCAUCUGUGAAUAUCUCUCCAUGAAGGAAAAGUUUGGUAUUCUUCUUAUACUUGUAUUUUUCUUCUAUAAUUCAAUGACGGUUGAAGCAUUUCAACUUGUUGAUAGAUGAAAGCACCAGUUGGGAUAUGGUUACUGCAAAAGAUUUAUGGGAUGAUAAAAAUGUCGAUGUCAAAAACGGAUCAGACCAAGAUGACGGUGAUGAUUUCGUUCUUGUUAAGCAAGAAGACAUAGUUGAUGGAAUUGCUUGCUUUAUGGCUACCUAUCUAUUAUCGCUAAAGGAAACUAAGGUAUAUAGUUCGAAUUCUGUGAUAUACUUUCAAGUUUUGCGAUGCAAAGUAUAGUCAAUGACUUUGAGAUUCUCUUAUGCUAUAUAGUUGGAAACUACCAUUUUUAUUAUAAUGUUAUUUAAGUUAUCUGCUUUCAGCUCAUGCUUAUUGACAAUCCUUAGUCAUCACUAGUUGUUUGAGAAAUAAAAAUGUGAUGUUACCAUUCGGUACUUUAUAGGUUAGAAAUCUUUCAGGAAAGUAUCCAAAUGGAAACUUCUUGGAGUUGUUAUUGAAGUGGUUUAUUUCAGAUUUUUAAUAUUAUCCCUUUUUAAUGAUAAGCAUUCCCAGAAGCUGCUAAUCCGGAUUCAUGCUUUUGUGUGACUCUGUUUAGAUAAAGGAACUUUGAUGAAAUUUUUCUAUCAAUUUAUAAAGUAUAAUAUGAGAUUGGGUUGGCUAUUUGAUACUAUACGAAUCGGGUGAAGGAGAGGAUGAUUAGUCUUUUAAUAUUAAUGAUAGUUCUCAGAUUGUUUAGUUGCUCAAUGUCAUAGCUAUCGUUACCAUAAAAUACUUAUUUUAGUCGAAAGUUGCUCUCAUUUUAGACGUAUCUUCUAGGGUCUCUGCCACCAGGUACCUGAUACAAGUGUUGUUAUACAUCAGUUUGGAGUAUUAAGACAGGUCAAUUGAUUUUAUGUUUUUAAUCUAUUCCAUCAUGUUUAUAAAAUUAUAGUAUUUGAUCAGUAAAUUUUCUCAGUCUAAUGAAAAUAAACUUUUUUGCAGUAUAUUCUGUAUUGCCUGUUCAAACUUUCCAUAGGAUCUCCAUGAAUUGUUGUAGAUAUUUUACUGCAGAAUGGAAUUAAUGCGUACAUGAUGUGCCCAAUCUUAUUAAACGUCAAACAAGGAAAUAAGUCCCCAUCUUCUGUCUGAAAAUUUGCUAUGUAUGUAUUCUCUCUUUUUAUCUGUGUUAAUGUAUUUGUGUGCAUGGUCACGUCCAUUUUUUAUGCUUGUCUUUUGAAUAGCGCUAUUUCGUGUACUGUUAUCAUGCUGCCAAUUUUCUGCCUGCUUACGACUCUUGAUUUCAUUUCUUCCUUGCUGUUUUGCAGGAGUUAACACCAACCCAGAUUCAAGAAGGUAUUUUUCAUAUGGUAACAUGCCUUUUGUGAACCUUUCCCUACACUUGGAUCCCUGGAGUGCGGGGCACAAGUUAUUGGUGUGAUUGGCCUGCAUUUUUUAGCAUUUUUGUAGCACGUGAAUGUGCAUAUCCAAUCACUUGGAUCUCGGAGGAUACCAUGUGAUAUAUGGAUGUAUGUCGUAACAUACAUGUGCAUAUAUAGCAUUGAUCUCUGCAUGAUCUCUUUUUUAUGUGUGUGGAUUUUUGUAUAUUCAGCCCUCAGCAAGACGUUUUCUGUGAAAAAGAGAAAAGGGAAGCUUCGGAAGGCAUGGGAUGGUGGAAGAGUUAUUUACAAUGUUGCAUCCUGGGGUGCAACUGCCAUUGGGUAAGCUUUUUGCAUACCUUCGGAAUUAGAUUCUAGAUACGUUUCAUUUUCAUUUGUGCGUGGUUACUGUUCCGAGACUUAUUCUUCUUUAUCUUCUUUACUAUAAUUAUAUUAUUCUGCCAGAUACAGUUGACCUCGUUUUUCACCUUCAUAUGGUCGCCAAUUGUAGAUUAAUUAUAGAUUGAUGUUCUAGGAGGUAGCCUUUUUUGGGUGCUACCACAGUUGUUUCCUCUCAUUUUAUAAUUUUCCAUAGAGACAAUAGUUCCUAACCCCUAUUCGUGACAAUCAGCAUGCAGAUACUUGGCAAAUCUGUUCAACUUUUGCUUCACUUGAUGCAAGACAUGAUUUUAGUUCAUUUUUUCCGACACCAUUUGUAUUUUCUUUUAAUGAAUAGUCCUAAAAGGCGAAGUUGCUUCCCUAAUACACUUGGGAUUUUAUUACUGGCCUUCUCACUUCUUAUGAAGAAGUUAUUCAUUUUAGACUUAAGAGGCAGAAAAAAAUCAUAAUUCUGAUAUUAGCCAGAUGACAUUGUUGGCUUGCCCCUUUUUUUUUCUUCCUCAUUUUUUUCUUUGCAGUAUCAAAGAAAAUGCUUUUUUAGUGGAAUUUUGUAUUAAACCAGAUGUUUAAAUACACAAGCGGUACCACAUUACAGAGUUGAUCUAAACAUCUAACAAGAUGGGCUGACGACAUUGGAUAUGGUGUUUACGGGCCGACAAUCCAAGAUUCCAUAUGUUCUCCAAUGCUCAGCUCCUCAGUUAGAGUUGGACAUAGAUUUAUUUUCCCUUUCCUCUCUCCCUUCCCCCGCAUCCCCGCACAUCAGGUUUAUAUAAUACCAACCGCAUUCUGAAUCGAAUUAUGCUUCCUAAACCUAAUACUUUAUUCUACCUGCUCGAGAACUAUGCCAAAGAUGUGAUCGGCCUACAGAGGCCCUUGCUGAGUUACAUGCUUGAAUAAAUGGAUUCAAAAGAAUUGAAAGAUUGGUUUCUGAAAUCAUCUUUAGUUGUCGUUGCUUGAAGAAAGAUCAUCCUUCUGUGAGUUGUGCCCAUUUAGAACUGUGCAGACUAGCUAUUGUCCACUUCUCUGAAGUGAGGAUGUAUGCUUUUUGUUUGUUUCUGUCUAUUAAUCUUCAAAUAAAAUAUUUAUAGAUUCUUGACAACAGGAGUUUCAUAAACCUUCAUAUUUCUAAUGAUGUGUCUAUUAAUCUUCAAAAGAAUAUAUAUAUAUAUAUUCUUGACAACAGGAAUUUCAUAAACCUUCAUAUUUCUUUACACAUCUCCUAAAUUGAGAUCUUAUCGUGCAGAAUAUACCAAAAUCCGGCCUUGCUAAGGGCAGCCACUGUUGCCUUUUGGACCUCCUGCCAAGCCAUAUCAAAGCUUUUCUAA